UCCGCCCUUUUUUCCCCUUUGAGGCAGUGGAAACUUCCGCCCUCAACGUGUAAUCCAAGAAUGGGUGCUUCCGGUUGAGCAGAAGUCCUGCCUCUAUGGGGAAUCCUUGACAGUUAACAUGGACCUGGAAAGGAUAGCACUGCCCCCUCGUGGACCCCUGGAUCUGCCCCUCUCGGUCCUGGAAGUUGGAUGCGCUGGUCGCUUUGAGCUCAUCACCCAAGAGAAGGGGCCUCAUGGAGAGGGCUUCCCACUCACCACGUUGCCCCAUGGGUUGCCCCCUUACGCCGAGGAUCUGACAUCUGAGCUGGAGCAGAAAUUUCUCCACAGCCCUGAAUGGCUUCCCAUCCACCACUUCGAAAGGUCUCACAGGUUCUGGCCGCGUGAGAAAGACACCCACUCGCUCUUUGAGGUGGACGUCACGCCUGUCCACUCCACACUUUGGGCCGACCGCAACCCUACCACAGGAGAGUUGCUCGGUUUCACAGAGGCACUUGUGGAUAACAUGGGCCUCUCAGCCAAGAAUUCACUGUCUUUCCAGCGAGCCCCUGGUCCCCCGGCAGAGGCCCUGAGGGGCAGUGCCACCAAUUAUCCCUUCUGGCCAGGUGGGAUGGAUGAACCCAGCCUAGAGCAGAUCCAGGCAAAGGAAGAGCUGGAAGAGGACAUUGAUUUUGAAAAAGACUUGCUGACGGUGCCACCUGGUUGGAAGAAGGGUGUUGAAUUCACCAAACAAGAGCUCAAAGCCUCCCCAGGGCUGCUGAAUUUGACAAACUUGUUGGGAGCCCUGGACACCUUUGAAUUGGGCAGCUCCAGCGAUGAAGAAGACAAGGCUGAGGAAGGGGAGAAGAAGCAGAGGAAGAAAGGGGCGGAAGGCAAAGGGACAAAGGCAGGAGAGGCAACACCAGCAGAACAGGCCCCUCUGCAGAGGGCAAACAGUUUGGAGGAGUUGGUGCUGAAGGAAGUGACUCCCACCCCCAAAUCCUCCCCUCCGGCUGCCCCAGCUCCCACUACUGAGCCCCCCAAAGAGCAGUGGGCCAUCCCUGUGGAUAUCAGUUCCCCUGUCGAUGAUUUCUACAAACGCAUUCCUGACCCAGCUUUCAAGUGGCCCUUUGAGCCUGAUGUUUUCCAGAAACAGGCAAUUCUCCAUUUGGAGAAGCACGAUUCGGUCUUCGUUGCUGCCCACACCUCUGCCGGGAAGACCGUGGUGGCCGAGUAUGCCAUCGCUCUGUCGCAGAAGCACAUGACACGUACCGUCUACACUUCUCCAAUCAAGGCUCUUUCCAAUCAGAAAUUCCGGGAUUUCAAAAACACCUUUGGUGAUGUGGGGUUGCUGACGGGAGAUGUUCAGCUGCAUCCAGAUGCCUCAUGUCUCAUCAUGACAACAGAGAUCCUUCGGUCCAUGCUGUAUAAUGGCUCCGAUGUUCUCAGAGACCUGGAAUGGGUGAUAUUUGAUGAAGUGCAUUACAUUAACGAUUCUGAGCGGGGCGUGGUGUGGGAAGAAGUCCUUAUUAUGCUGCCGGACCACGUGAAUAUCAUCCUGCUGAGUGCCACUGUCCCCAAUACCUUGGAGUUUGCCGAUUGGAUUGGGAGGAUCAAAAGAAAGAAAAUCUAUGUGAUUAGUACGCUGAAGCGACCUGUCCCUCUGGAGCAUUACCUGUACACAGGCAACAGUCAGAAAACCCAAAAUGAGCUCUUCCUCUUAGUUGAUGCCCGGGGCACAUUUCUUACCAAGGGGUAUUAUGAUGCUGUGGAGGCCAAAAAGGAGCGGGCCAGCAAACACUCACAGACUUUCGGGGCCAAACAGCCAAUGCAUGCGGGAGCCGGGCCGGGGCAGGACAAAAACAUUUGGCUAUCGCUCAUUGACAUGCUGCGGAAGAAGGACCAACUGCCGGUGGUCGCCUUCACAUUCUCUCGCAACCGCUGCGAUGAGAACGCCUCUAUGCUGACCACUGUGGAUCUGACCACUACCACCGAGAAAAGUGAGAUCCACGUCUUCUUCCAAAAGUGCAUCUCCCGCCUUAAAGGCACGGACCGCCAGUUGCCUCAGGUUCUUCACAUGGUGGACCUCUUAAAGCGUGGCAUCGGGGUCCACCAUAGUGGCAUCCUGCCCAUCCUGAAGGAGGUGGUGGAGAUGCUGUUCAGCAAGGGCCUUGUCAAAAUCCUCUUUGCCACAGAGACUUUUGCCAUGGGGGUGAACAUGCCAGCCAGGACCGUGGUCUUCGAUUCGAUCCGUAAACACGACGGCACGAACUUCCGGGACCUGGUGCCAGCUGAAUAUAUCCAGAUGGCAGGCCGGGCUGGUCGCCGUGGCCUUGAUACUACUGGGAUGGUGAUCAUUCUGUGCAAAAACCAAGUUCCUGAGAUGGCUGAUCUUCACCGGAUGAUGUUGGGCAAACCAACUCAGUUGCAGUCCCAGUUCCGCUUAACCUACACCAUGAUCCUGAACCUCUUGAGGGUAGAAGCCCUUCGCGUGGAGGACAUGAUGAAGAGGAGCUUCUCUGAGUUCCACACCCGGAAGGACAGCAAGGCCCAUGAAUACAGAAUUGCCCAGCUGAGCUCCAUCUUGGCCAACAUGGAAAUACCAGAUACAACAGGACAGCUCAGUGAUUUGGAAGAAUAUUACCGGGCGGUCCAAGACUUGCAGGAAAAUCGGAAAUUCAUACAGAGGCGAGUCAUGGAAUCACUGAAUGGUCUGAAAGCCCUCUCUGUGGGACGAGUGAUUGUGGUGAACAAUCAAGAGCACAGGAAUGCCCUGGGGGUGAUCUUGCAGGUGUCUUCUGAUGCUGCCAACCGGACCUUCAGCACCCUGGUGAUAUGUGAGAAAAAGUCCCCCGAGGAAGAUAAGGGAACGGACACGCAGACCGGUCUCUCCUCCCCUUCAGAAGUGCCCCUUCCCAAUGACCUGCUGCGCACCAAGCUCUUCCUUCCAGAGGGCCCCUGUGGACAUACCAUCAAGAAGCUGGGCCCAUCUGACAUUUUUGGCAUCACCACCAAAACCCUGCGCAUCAACGCUGAGCGUAUCCUGGAAGAUUUCAAGAAGCGACAGAUCCCCAGAUUCAGGAAUGAUCCACCUGGACCAUCUGCAGCCACAGCGACCCAAGAACUGCUGCGCUUGGCUGAGGGUGACCCGGAAGGCCUCCCUUUCUUGGACCCCAUCAAUGACCUUCAGCUAAAGGACCUGGAAGUGGUGGAGGGCGUGAUCAAGGCCCGGCACUUGGAGGAGAUUUUGCUGGGGUUCCAGUGUGUGCACAGCCCCCGCUUCCACGUGGAGUUUGUGCGGUUCAGAGAACGGCAACGGGUGCUGGAGGAACUGGAGAAGCUGCGGUUCCUGCUUUCUGACCAGUCCCUCCUGCUGCUGCCAGAGUAUCACCAGCGUGUUGAGGUACUCCGUUCUCUAGGCUACAUCAAUGAAAACGGGGCCGUGGAGCUCAAGGGAAGUGUGGCCCGCCAGAUCAGCAACCAUGAGCUUCUCCUGACACAGCUGCUCCUGGACAACGCCCUGACGGAUCUGCGGCCGGAGGAGAUUGUGGCCUUGCUCAGCUGCACCGUCUGCCAAGUGCGCACCCAGGAGGAGCCCCAGCUGCCCUCUGUCCUCCAGAAGGGCAUAGAGCACAUCCGAUCCGUGGCGGAGGAGAUUGCCCUCUUGCAGCGGAAGUGUGGCCUACAGGAGUCGGUGGAGGACUUUGUGGAGCAGUACAAAUUUGGGCUGGUAGAGGUGGUUUACGAAUGGGCCCGUGGCAUGCCAUUUGCCGAAAUUGCCCGCCUGACUGACGUGCAGGAAGGGAUCAUUGUCCGCUGCAUCCAACGCCUGGAUGAGACCUGCCGCGAGAUGCGCAACGCUGCCCGGGUCACCGGGGAGCCCACGCUGCAUGCCAAAAUGGAAGCGGCUUCCAACAUGAUCAAGAGGGACAUAGUGUUUGCUGCCAGUCUUUACACUCAGUGAGCCUGUAUGGCCCAUCUCACCUCCUUGGGAGACUGUGUGUUCUGGUCCCUUUUAAUUCCUGACCUCUGAGAGGCUGAGAUAAAAGAAUAAAAACUUUCAACCAGA